CAACACGCAAAAUCGUUCAUCCGCUCCUUUCACCUCCGAUUCAUGGUCGCCAUUGAGCUCAUUCUCGGGCCCGUCGUGGUGGCCACCGUAACAAAUGUCUUUUUGUACGGUAUCUGCGUCGUUCAAUUCAGCACGUACUACUCUGCAGGCUUCCAGGACAAGAAACUGAUCCAGGCUUUGGUCGCGUGGGUGCUCUUGCUCGACACCUUUCAUGUAGCUGCUAGCGUAUAUAUGCUGUGGGAUUAUGUUGUGACUAACUUCAACAAUCCGGAGAUAUUGACCGCAGCUCCUUGGCCAUUUCCCUCCACGCCGAUCGUCACAGUGUGUGCCUCUGUCCCCAUUCAAAUAUUCCUUGCCUACCGGAUCAAGCAGUUCUCUGGCUCUUGGAAGAUUUUUGCCGCCAUCGUGUUUCUUUCGGUAGCGCAGGGCGCUUUUGGUAUCGCUGGCGCUACCGGUGCUGUUAUGACUCCCAACAUCAAUGACUUCGGAAAGCUCAUUCCUCUUGUGGAUACUUGGCUCGCCCUCGCCGUCGUCGUUGAUGUCAGCAUCACUGUCUUACUUUUCAUGUACCUAUCGAGAAGCUCAAGUUCCUACCACAGAACCAAGAACGUAGUCACUAAGAUCAUCAAGAGCGCAGUGGAGACGGCCGCAUUCGGGAGUUUUUUCUGCAUCAUGGACCUCAUUUGCUUUUCGGCGUUGCAGAGCACAAACUUUCAUCUCAUCUUUGCCCUGCCAAUGGGUCGCAUCUAUACCAACACUCUCUUGUCGACCCUGAACUCGCGAGUAAAGCUGCGCGAGGAGAUGUCAGGUCCGAAGGGCGACACUUCGUUCAACCUCUCCACCAACCGCUUCGCCCCCGCCAACAAUAGCGUCCGGCCUACCCAAGUCAACAUCGCCGUCGAGCGCGAGGUUCAGAUGGAGACCUACAUAGAAUCCGAACGGCCCGAAGAUGAUAAGUUCGGUGGACGAUCACACUCUGCUACUGAGCCUGACCCUUACGGUAUACGGCCUGUGGAUUCUGAGGCGGUGAAGGUCAAUGGAUUUUGAUGGUACAGCUCCCGAUAUGACUCGUUUUGUAUACCCAUUUGUGGUGAUUUGAUGUCGGAUGGUACUUAGGAUACAGGAACCAUGCG